CCACCCACGCUCUCGCACUCGCACUCUCGCCCUUCCUUACUUGCUAUUCUUCUUCUUCUUCUUCGUCUUCGUCCUCUUCUCGGUUGACUCCGCGACGACCCGGCUACCGGAGGCUCCCUCGCGACCGGCGGAAUGGCGACGAAUCUCGCGGAGAAGGCGAAGACCGCGUUCCUCGACGACGACUUCGAAGGUGCCGUCGAGUUCCUCUCCCAGGCCAUCUACUCCAACCCCAAGAACGCCGAUCUGUACGCCGACCGCGCCCAGGCCCACAUCAAGCUCGGCAGCUUCACCGAGGCCGUUUCCGAUGCGAAUAAGGCGAUCGAAUUGGAUCCCACGAUGGUCAAGGCAUACCUGCGGAAAGGUUCUGCCUGUAUGAAGCUUGAAGAAUAUCACACUGCCAAGGCAGCUCUUGAAAAGGGUGCUUCUCUGUCAGAAGAUGAUUCGAGAUUCGCCAAGCUAAUUGAGGAAUGCAAGAAGCACCUUGCAGAGGACAUAACUGAUCAGAAGGCACAUGAUGGUGCCCCACCUUCCUCUGAAACUGCCCUGCCAUCUGAACAAAUUGCUGAAGCAGAUGAAGAAAUUCAGGAAGAGCAUGGAACGGUACAGCAGACUAAUGCAGUCGAACCAGUCAAGCCCAAAUUCAGACAUGAAUUUUAUCAGAAACCUGAGGAAGUUGUUGUGACAAUAUUUGCAAAGGGUGUUGCGCCAGAGGAUGCACACGUUGAGUUUGGUGAACAAAUUUUAAGUGUGAAGAUCAAUGUGCCCAGUGAAGACGCAUAUUACUUUCAACCUAGAUUGUUUCAGAAGGUAGUACCUGAAAAGUGUAGAUACCAAAUAUUAUCAACUAAAAUUGAGAUCCGUCUUGCAAAAGCUGAAGCAAUCCAAUGGAAGUCUCUUGAAUAUAGCAAAGAAGCUACAGUUCCACAGAAAGUUAUUGUGCCAUCAGUUGGACCAGCCGGACCAGCCAGACCUGCAUAUCCAUCUUCGAAAAAUAAAGUUGCAGACUGGGACAAGCUGGAAGCCCAAGUCAAGGCGGAAGAGAAGGAUGAGAAGCUUGAUGGUGAUGCAGCUUUGAACAAGCUUUUCCGAGAUAUAUUCUCGAAUGCAGAUGAAGAUGCAAGAAGGGCUAUGACAAAAUCAUUUGUGGAGUCUAAUGGGACAGUCCUCUCUACAAACUGGAAGGAAGUGGGUGCGAAGAAGGUCGAAGGUAGCCCUCCUGACGGAAUGGAGCUGAAGAAAUGGGAAUACUAGCUCAGCUGUGGUGGAUCACCUGUAUCUUUUGCUGGAACUUGAUGCCCGAGAACAUCUCCCUCAUUCAAUAUUGUCCCUCCAUGUCCAUAACGGUAUCUUUCGGGCUUUGGGUUACUUCUUUGGUAGUGGAUCUAUGAACGCUAGUAAUGCGCUGUUGGCAGUUUGUUUGUUGUUUUUGGCAGUGAGGGGUCUGUAUCUUUACGUGAACAUCCUAAGAAUAUUUGGCAGUUCCUAUCACUUUGUCCUUGGUGAAUUGUAUAGAAUUAGUUUGCUUUUCGUGUCAGCGUGAAGAAGCCGAGGCAGACUCUUUGGUAAUAUUCAGUUGUGAAAUGCAAUGGGACGAUCUUUCUGUUUC